CACAUUUCAGAAGCAAACAUGCACCUUUCAUUUCCCCAAAACAAUUGAUUGUUAAUGAUCCAGCAGAGAGUAUCAGUACUUUACUAGUGACAUAGAUCUAUCUCUACAUUGAUUGAGUCUAGUCAUUGUCAGAGAGCAACAAGAAUGAGAGUGUCUUUUAUAGUAGUGCUGCUGGUUGUAACUACCUUCUGUUGGUGCCUCUGUUCUGUGAAUGCAUUAUCCGCAUCUCUUUCGACCAGCACUAUCGUCGUGAAUGAAGGAGACUCGGUUCAACUGUGUGUCAAUAUCGAUGAACCUCAAGAUGUGACUGUACAGUUGCUAGUAUCCAUACUUACAUUCACACUGAAUGAAGGCACCGAUUUUGACAUAUCCAGUAACGAGUUACAGUUUACUGUUGACGGGCCGACUCAGAUAUGUUUUGACAUAGAAGCCUAUCCUGAUGAUAUUGUCGAGAAUGGGGAACUGUUUCAAAUAAGUAUCGGUGGGAUGAUCACUGUUGGAGCUACUGGUUUCACCGUCGUUACCAUUAGUGAUGCCAGCUAUAUCGAUGUCAGCCUCACUCAGGAAAACUACUCAACAGUGGAACAGACAGAGGACACUUCUGUAAUGGUGUGUGCCAUGACCGUUAAUGGAAGCAUACAAAGACAAGUUUCGGUCACACUCGAUACAGUUGACAUUGGAACAGCUUCUUCUGCAGACGAUUACAUACCUUCAGGAACUGUCUCAAAGACAUUCAGCCCGAUAGACGCCAGCGAGCCACAGUGCACAAAUAUUGCCAUUCGAAGCGAUGACAUUAUUGAAGAGGUUGAGACAUUUAUGGUCAGUUUAACAGCUGGUGUGGAUACUAUAAAUGUCAUCACUGGCAAAGCUACAGUCUCCAUAACAGACAAUGAUGGUGUCAACUUGGCAGUGUCUUCAUCUUCGGUGUUGAUCCCAGAGGGAGACAGUGGAUUGACUGACGUUAAUAUCGAUCUGACAGUGGCCUUAAAUGGACUCACUUUGGACAGAGCCAUCACAGUGUUGGCCAAUACAAUAGAUGGAACAGCAACUAUUGGAAACAUUGACUUUAUUCAAUUGGUCAACGAGCCAUUUACGAUACCCGCCACGGCUGCUGAUGGAGAUAGUUUUACUUUCACUGCUCAAAUUGUUGGUGACCUAGUGGAGGAGAACACAGAGCUGUACAGAAUUCAAUUCACUGCAGAGAAUGAGAAUGACGCGUUCGGACUCAGUCAAGUAUUUGUGAGGAUACAAGAUGAUGGGGAUGCUGUGAGAGAUUGUGCAGCUCUUGCUGAUCCCGCUGAUGGUCAGGUGACUGUUAGCCCAGAUACACUGGAAGAUUCCAUUGCUACCUACUCUUGCAACAUUGGAUUUGAUAUCAAUGGAGACAAGACUAGAACUUGUUUCAACUCAGGCUGGGGAGGAGAAGCACCAACUUGCCAGGAAAUCGACUGCGGAAAUCUUAUGAAUCCACAGAACGGAAUGAUUCAAACAUCCAACACUAACUAUGAGGGUCAGGCUAUCUACAGCUGUGUCUCUGGCUACGAGCUUGAUACUGGUUCCAUCACUGUGACUCGGACCUGUCAGUUAAACAGCAUGUGGUCAGGAACGGCUCCUCAGUGUGUCCCGGUUACUUGUCUAUUCCUAGCCGAUCCGACUAAUGGACUUGUGCGAUACCCCAACGGUGAAACUAUGUUUGAGGACACUGCAGAAUACGAAUGUGACGCAGGUUAUGACCUCACGGGAACUCCUGUGAGGACCUGUCAGGCCAACAGGGCGUGGUCACUCACAGCACCCUCUUGCACACCUGUCAGUUGUGGGGAGCUAAGCAAUCCGGAGAAUGGGAUCGUUGAGGUGUCCUCUAAUCUGUUCCCAGGCACGGCUACAUACUCUUGCAUACUAAUUUUGAGCUGGUUAACGGUCCUCAAAUUAGAAUGUGUCAGGCAAACGAAACAUGGUCGGAAAUUGCACCAAGAUGUCAGGUGAUAGAGUGCCCUACAUUACAGAAUCCAGACAAUGGAGAAGUGAACAUUCAGGUUGGAAUCAAUGGAGACACCACGGCAACGUAUAGUUGUAAUGAAGGUUAUGAGCUAAAUGGAAAUAAUAUCAGAAACUGCGAGGCC